GCUACAUGCAUUAGUACUACUACUACUAACUAUGCGAAGGCCGAUAAGAUAAGGCAAGUGGGGAUUGCAGAUGGUGGGACGUCGAAAAUCCGGGCUUAGGCUUUGUAGGGCGAUCAAAAUUGCGGUAAACUAGCAACAUCCGGAUUCCGGCCCAGCAGCCCAGCAGCCCAGCCACCUUACUAUCAGAGGUGAUUAGAUCAAAGCUUACGUGGGUCGCGACGGAUACAACGCGAUGUUGGCGCCUUAGUCUCUUUCCACUCAAAGUAUCCGUAUCCUCCAGCCUUGUGCGUUGUACAGUAGACGAUCAUCUCAUCCACUUAAUUCGUUUUCGCAUGCAAGCGCGCAUUUUUUAUUUUACUUUUACUUUUUGGAUUAAGUGUCGACGAUGGCAUCGUGAGUUUCGUUUAAGUCUGUUCUGUUAAACAGCGAAACCUCACGCGCGAUUUCUGUAUCGCUAGGGCAAACCGAGCAAUUCAUCGGCUCAUCGUACCAUUAUCACAACUCACAAGUCACAGAGCCCAGCGGGGCGGCAGUAACCCAAAUCCUAAAUUGAAAGCCCGAUCAAUUGUUUUAUGUUUUCUGCUCCAUUUAGUUAUUUCGAUUAGAAAACAUCGUCCUUGGAAUCAAGUUCGCCAUGCCGCCAUUAGGGCCUUCGCGCAGCUUCGCGCGUGAUAUGCUCUCAGGCCUGGCAUCUAAAUCGUUACCUUCAACAGCCACGCCCACGUCGACGUUACCGUUACACCUUGCACGGAAAAUCCACGACUUUGCCUCCCGCACGCUCCUCCUCCCCCGACUAGCGACGGAUGUGAGCACGGUCCCCGAGGGGUACGGCCGGACUGCGAGCGGCCCGGCCCCGGGCGCGGUCGCCGGCAUAGUCUUGGGUUCCGUCGCGGGAUUCAUACUCCUGCUGUGGAUAAUAUACUGGUGCGUGAACUUGGGAUCGCCGGCGCCUGGCCUCGAGGAGCGCUCCGUCAGCGGAGUGGGCGGCUCCUCGUCCGUAGUGUCGUACCGCUCGCGACCGCGGGUGCGCCGCCACCGGCACAGCCAUGCGCGAUCGUCGCAGCAGUACUCGCCGCACCGGCGGAAGGAGACCGUCGAGAUCACGCGGCGCGACCGCGCUGUUCGCCGCUCUCGAUCCUCAUCUCCCGCCCGCGUGCCGGAGGUCGACCAGAUUGUCGUGCUGGAGGAACAUGACCGAUCCCGAUCCCGAUCCCGGCCACGGUCGCGAUCAAGGUCGAGAAGUAUUAGUCGCCCGCGACCUCCUCCUCCUCCGCCACGCAGCGACGGCGACGACGAGAUUGUAGUGCUGGAAGAACAUACGCCGCCUAGGCGGGGGAGCAGGGGCUAUAGACGUAGGAGCAGCGAAAGGAGGAGUGGGACGCAGUAUAGGGACGUGGAAUAUCGUAGGAGGAGCAGCUCUCGAAGAGGAUGAUGAUGAUAGCAAUAAUAGGAUGAGGAAACGAGCAAGCGAUUUUUAAGGAGAGGGGGGGAUGAGUUUAUGGUUAUGGUUGGUUAUAUUGAAGUACAAUGUAUAUGAAUAUAUGGGAAAUACCUGGAGCUUUUGUGUAUUGAUUGGUGGAAGGGCAUGGCGUAUGAGGCUGUAUGAGAUUAGAUGAUGGGGAUGCUUAAGCCGUUGUAGUAUAUCAUGUAUCUUGUAUUAGGUGCGUGCUCUUUAUUUCUUCCUCCUCGCGGUGGUAGCGGAGCAUAUGUACUAACCUAGUCAUUUAUAAGCUAAUAAUUACUAAAUAGCACUGGAUU